AUGCUAUUGAUUUUUGUGAUCGGCGCAUUGAUGGCCGAUUCAAUCAACAUGCCUGAUCCAAAACAUUCCACAAAAACAGUGGAACACGAGGGUCAUUGUGGUGGUGAAUUCCACGAGUGCGAUGAGGGUACGGAGAAUCGAAUGAGAAGGGAAUAUCAAGCCGGCAAAGAGGAUGGAAGAAAGUUUGGUGCAAAGAUCAACCAAAAUGCCCGAGACGCUGGAGAGAAAGUGAAAGAAACCGCUCAAAAUGCUCGUGACAAAGCCCGAGAUACAGCUGAAUCCGCAAAACAAAAUGUCCGGGAAAAAGCUGAUCAAGCAAAAGCUGAAGAGUACAAAGAUUGGGCGGGAGAGAAAGUCGAGGAUGUGAGAGAUACUGCUCGUGAGUACAAGCAAAAGGCUGGUGAGAAAGUUGACGAGUACAAAGAUUGGGCUGGAGAGAAAGUUGAAGAUGUGAAAGACACCGCUCGUGAGUACAAACAAACCGCUGGCGAAAAAGUCGACAAGGCGAAAGAAACCGCUCAAGAAUACAAGGAUUGGGCUGGAGAAAAGGUUGAAGAUGUGAAAGAUACUGCUCGUGAGUACAAGGACAAAGCUGGCGAUAAAGUCGAUAAGGCAAAAGAAACUGCGAAAGAGUACAAGGACAAAGCUGGCGAAAAAGUCGACAAGGCGAAAGAAACCGCUCAAGAAUACAAGGAUUGGGCUGGAGAAAAGGUUGAAGAUGUGAAAGAUACUGCUCGUGAGUACAAGGACAAAGCUGGCGAUAAAGUCGAUAAGGCAAAAGAAACUGCGAAAGAGUACAAGGACAAAGCUGGCGAAAAAGUCGACAAGGCGAAAGAAACCGCUCAAGAAUACAAGGAUUGGGCUGGAGAAAAGGUUGAAGAUGUGAAAGAUACUGCUCGUGAGUACAAGGACAAAGCUGGCGAUAAAGUCGACAAGGCAAAAGAAACCGCCCAAGAAUACAAAGAUUCGGCUGGAGAAAAGGUUGAAGAUGUGAAAGAUACUGCUCGUGAGUACAAGGACAAAGCUGGCGAAAAAGUCGAUAAGGCAAAAGAAACUGCUAAAGAGUACAAGGACAAAGCUGGAGAGAAAAUCGAUCAAGUUAAAGAUACUGCUAAAGAAUACAAGGAUGCAGCUGGUUCCAACUUUGAAGAUGUGAAAGAAUAUGCGAAAGAAACGGCCGAUUCAGUCAAGCAAGGUGCAAAGGAAACAGCUGAUCAAGCAAAAGAUAAAGCUGAAGAGUACAAGGAAUGGGCUGGAGAGAAAGUCGAGGAUGUGAAAGAAGUCGGAAAGAAAAGCAUUGAAUGGGCUGGUGGAACGAUUCAGACAGCAAAUGACCGAGCUCGUGAUGCAGCUGACAAAGCUGGAGACAAGUUGGAAGAGACGAAAGAGAAAGCCGGUGAAAAGCUCGAGGAUAUAAAAGAAAAGGCCAGCGAAACCGCCAAGGAAUACAAGGAGUGGGCUGGCGAGAAAAUGGAGGAUGCUAAAGACACCGCCAAGGAGUACGCUCACUGGGCUGGAGACAAGAUGGAAGGAGCUAAAGAAACCGCCAAGCAAUGGACUGGUGAAAAGAUGGAAGAUGCUAAAGAGAAAGCCGGUGAAUACAAGGAAUGGGCUGGUGAGAAGAUGGAUGAUGCAAAAGAAUCCACCAAGGAAACUGCUCAGGACUACGCGCAUUGGGCCGGAGAGAAACUGGGAGAUGUGAAAGACGCCGCCAUUGAAAAAGCGAAGGAGUACGCCGAAUGGGCCGGUGAAAAGCUUCACGAGGCAAAAGAAUGGGCAGGUGACAAGGCACAAGGCGCAAAAGAAUCCGCAAAAGAAACAGCUUCUGAAUACGCAGAUGAAGCCGGUCGAAAGUUGAGCGAUGCAAAAGAUUCUGCCAAAGAAAAAGCUUCCGAGUAUGCACAUAGAGCUGGGGACAAGUUGCAUGAUGCGAAAGAAUCCGCAAAAGAGACCACAAAAGAAUACGCUCAAGAAGCUGGUCGAAAAUUAAGCGAUGCUGCUGAAUCCGCCAAAGAAACUGCUAAAGAUUAUGCUCAUCGAGCUAAAGAAUCAGUCAAGGAGAAAGCCUCGGAAUACAAGGAUUGGGCUGGAGAUAAAGCGCAUGAAGCAAAAGAGUCGACAAAAGAGACGACAAAAGAAUACGCACAACAAGCCGGGAGAAAGUUGAGCGAUGCAGCAGAUUCUGCCAAAGAGAAAGCUUCCGAGUAUGCGCAUAGAGCUGGAGACAAGAUGCAUGAGGCAAAAGAAUCAGUGAAAGAAACCGCAAAAGAAUAUGCGGAUCGAGCUGGGAGAAAAUUAAGCGACGCUUCUGAAUCAGCGAAAGAAACCGCAAAAGAAUAUGCGGAUCGAGCUGGGAGAAAAUUAAGCGAUGCUUCCGACACUGCAAAAGAGAAAGCCUCGGAGUACGCGGGUCGAGCCGGUGAAAAACUCCGCGAUGCGAAAGACUCCGCUUACGAUACGGCAAAAGAGUACUCGGAUUGGGCGGGUGACAAGUUGCACGAGGCAAAGGACGCUAUGGAAAGAGAGGCCCACGAGGCUGGCGAGAACAUCGAGGAGACAAAAGACUCAGCCAAGCAAUGGACCAGCGAGAAAGUUGAUCAAGCAAAGAAAACCGCUCAAGAGUACAAGGAUUGGACGGGUGAGAAGAUCAACGAGGGACACGGAAUUGCUAGUGAAAAUGUCGGAAUGAUUCGAGAAAAUAUCAGAAAGGCUUCAGAUGACGCCUCAAGACACGCCGAGAAGGGCUAUCAAGAGGGUCGACAAAGAGCCGAAUCUUUGAGCGAAUCGAUCCAGGAGAGUCUGUUGACGGGCGCUCAUGUAGUCGGACAUGCCAUUGGCUCAAUGGCUCACGCGGUUGGCGGGCUUUUAGGAAGUGUCGGCGAAGUGGUAAAAGACAGUGUUCACGAUACUGGUGUGGCUGCAGCCGAAAGUGUGAAGGGACUUUACGACGGGGUUUCUGAUGAUUCCCAACAUCCCGGGGACUCGGCCGCUAAAGUCGGCGAGUCGCUUUACGAAGGCGGGAAGAACGCGAGUGAGACAGCCGCUGAUAAAGCCAAAGAUGCUGGCGAAGUGAUUGGCGAGAAGCUCAAGGACACAAAGGAGGGAAUGGAAGGAGCUGCUGCUUACACAGCUGAUUUGGUCGGUGACUAUGCACAAUCCUUGAAGAAAGGAGCACAAAACAAAAUGAAUCAAAUGGCUGAAGGAGCGAAGAUGACUGGAGAGAAGAUUUCGGAGGGAGCCGGAGCAGCGGCUGGAUUCGCUGCACACACAGGUGAAGGAGCGGUGGAGAGUGCAAAGAAUGCUGGUGGAUAUGUUGCUGACAAGGCACAGAAUGCAGGAGAUAGAGCUGUUCAUGGAGCGGAGGUGAUCGGUGGAGCCGCGUCGGAUGCGGGCGAACAAGUCAUGGAAGGAGCGAAGACUUAUGCUGAGAAAGUCGCCGAAGGAACGAGGAAACUCGGCGAUAAAGCUGCCUACGGAGCCGGGUACACAGCUGGAGCGGGUGAGGGAGCGAUCGGAAAGGAAAAUCAAGAGAACACCAAGCCACAUCAAGAU